GAGCAAUUGAAUUUCAAACACAAACAACUGCAUGGGGCACCGAGCCGUCUCCCGGGAGCCAACCUGCUGCUAGCACCACCUGGGCGCCGCUGGCUCCUGCCCCCCCCACCCCCGCCCCCAGGCCGCUUGUUCUCCGGAGGGGUGGGGGAGAGCUGCCUGCCAGAUCGCUGGGUUUUGCCUCCAAACUUCCCCCUCCUCCCCCCCCGACGCACACCUAAGCCCCCACUUUCCAGCAGCCUGGCGCUCAGGGCGAAGAUGUCCCGGUCCAACAGGCAGAAGGAGUACAAAUGCGGGGACCUGGUGUUUGCCAAGAUGAAGGGUUACCCCCACUGGCCUGCUAGGAUCGAUGAGAUGCCAGAAGCCGCCGUCAAAUCCUCCUCCAAUAAAUAUCAAGUCUUCUUCUUCGGGACCCAUGAAACGGCGUUCCUGGGUCCCAAAGACCUCUUCCCCUAUGAAGAGUGCAAGGAGAAGUUCGGGAAACCCAACAAGCGGAAAGGGUUCAGCGAAGGCUUGUGGGAGAUCGAGAACAACCCGACCGUCAAAGCCUCUGGGUAUCAGCCCACCCAGAAGAAGAGCUGCCCAGAGGAUGCAGAGCCUGAGCAGGAGCCGGAGGGCGACGGUGAGAAGAAAGGCAACGCGGAGGGCAGCAGUGACGAGGAGGGCAAGCUGGUGAUCGACGAGCAAAGCAAGGAGAAGAACGAGAAGGCUGGGAUCAAGAGGAAAGCGGAAGAUGCCUUGGAGGACUCCCCUAAACGCGCCAAAGAGGCGGAGGGCCAGGAAGGGGAGAAGAAAGUAGAGAACGAAGAAGUCCCCAAGGAGGGAGAGAAACAGAAGCCCAGCCCCCCCGAAGGGGAGAAAGAGAAGAACAGCGACCCCGCUGGAGUCCCGGACGCGAGAGAGGCCAAGCCAGAAGGGAAGGAGAAAGCCGCCGCGGAGGAAAUCAGAGAUCACAAGGAGAGUCUGUAGCUGGCCGGCCUUCCCAAGCUGAGCUCAUCGUCUGGGCUGUUCCUUUCCUGCUGGGCUCCCUGGGUGCUAAACAGUUUCGUUCCUAGUCGGCUCGUCGCAUCUGCAAUUCGGGAAGAAAGAAAUAAAAAGAAACCAGUAACACGAACCAUCCCGUCCCCUGUCCCCGCCCACCCGUAGCAGGGCGCAUGCUUGUAAUAGUGAUUUCUAGGGGGCGCUGAUCAGUUGAUUUGAAAUAAAAGCGAUUCAUGCCUUUUUAAAA